CGCUGCCGACGCGGGCUCGCGCCCGGCGCGGUCCCGCGGCGCGAUGGCGAAGAAGAAGCCGCACAGGAAGAAGAACAAAAGGGGGACGAAGAAGGGCGACAAGAUCCAUGCCGAAAAAGCGGGCAAGAAGGGCGAGGCAGCCGCCUACAUGACCCGUGCGCAGGCGCUGGCGAAGCUGCAGGUGUCCCUCGCGGACUUCCGGAGGCUCUGCAUCCUCAAGGGAAUUUACCCGAGGGAUCCAAAGAAGAAGCCUGCUGGCAUGGACAAGACAUACUACCACGCCAAGGACAUGUCGAAGCCGCUGCUCAACAAGUUUUUCGAGCUGAAGACGUUCAUGAAGAAGUUCAAGCGUCUAAUGGGUCGGAAGGAGCGAAAUCUUGCCGCCAGCCUCGAGGAGCGCAAGCCACAGUACACUCUCCACCACCUCGUGCGCGAGAGGUACAGCUCCUUCGAUGCCGCCGUGAGAGACCUGGACGAUGCCGUGAGCAUGUUGGCGCUGUUUCAGGCCCUGUCCGCCGACCAGAAGCGCGACAUCCCUGCAGAGGCGGUGGCCGAGGCCACCAGGCUCUACCAGGAGUUCCAGCUCUACGUCAUCCGCGCCCAGGCCCUCCGGAAGGUGUUCGCCUCCAUCUCGAAGAACAAACAGUGGGCUGUGCUCGUGCCGCUCUUUGCCCCUCGCGCCGUCAAGGGCUACUACUUCCAGGCCGAGAUCGGCGGCCAGGCCGUCACCUGGCUGGCGCCGCACCAGUUCGCGCAGGAGCUGCCGCCCGAGGUGGACUUCCGGGUGAUGCUGACCUUCCUCGAGUUCUACCGCGCCAUGGUCAAGUUCGUGAACUUCAAGCUCUACUCCGACCUCGGCCUCGAGUACCCCCCCAAGCGGCACACGGCCAAGGACAGCGCCUCCGCCGAGGUCGCGGCGCUGGAGGCGGAGAUGCGGGAGGCGGGCAGGGCGCGGGAGGCGGAGGCGGCGCAGGCGGAGAGGGACGACGCCGCGGUGGCCACCGGCGUGGCGGCGGACUUCGGCGGCGUGGCGGCGGAGGAGGCGGCCGAGCUGCAGAAGCAGCUCGCGGCCUCCAAGCGCAUGCGGACGACCUUCCGCGGCCUCCGGGUCUUCAUCUCGCAGGGCCAGAGCAGCGGCAGGAGCACAGUGCCGCUGCGGCCCGCCUACUUCGCGCUGCUGUGCGGCGGGGCGGCCGAGGUCGGCUGGGAGCGCGGCGCCUCGGGCAGCGGCAGGGCCGCGCCGGGGUCGGCCUUCGCCGUCGACCACGAGAAGAUCACGCACCAGGUCGUGGACAGGCCCGCGGAGCAGCUGGAGAUCCGCCCAGGGCGCGAGUACGUGCAGCCGCAGUGGGUGUUCGACUCCUUCAACGUCGGCUGCCUGCUGCCCGUGGCCCCGUACGCGCCCGGCAGGUCUCUGCCGCCGCACCUGUCUCCGUUCGUGGACGACAAGGCCUCAGGGGGUGGGGGGGACCCAGAGCGCAAGCGUGCACUUGUUUCAGGCGAUCGCAAACAUGGAUCAAGGGGGCGUGGAUUAGCGACGGGUCCCGUUUCCAUGGGAGGUCGCGGAUUUCCGCCGCCGAGCGAGGCGGCGCAUGUCGCAUGUUGCGCCAAAUCCAUGGAUCGCUAA